AUGAGGAAGCAGAACUGCCGAAGUCACAAGGCAUUGGGUGCAGUGAUGGAACUGUUUUGCUUCCCUAAGCCGAAGCUUAGCUCCAUGUGUGGUCUGAGUCCUGCGCUGCUACCCAGAGGACAAUCAGUGAUGCUCCAGCUACAGGAAGGCCUGCGAAAACUUCAAAGGGAACAGGGAUUUGAGGAGGUCCGUACGGGCUCAUUAGCUCAGGCUUACCUGUGGCAUCGUAGCGGCCACUUGAAGCACUUCUCCAGCAACAUGUAUGCCAUAACGAAUCCGAAGCCUGCUCAAGGGGCUGAAAGGGUCUCAGGCGAGGUUGACUUGGUGGAUUCACCGGCGCAAACCGAGAAUCAACUUGAACGAAACCGGGAAGAUAAUCUGUCUUGCGAAGAUUUCGCGACAUCCUAUCUGUUGAAGCCAAUGAGCUGCCCGUUGCAUUUAUCCCUUUUUUUCGACAAUUCUGUAAGAGUAGGGUCUGCACUGCCCAUGCGCAUAAGCGAGUUCGGCCACGUGUACAGGAGAGAGGUGCCUAGUGCCCUAUACGGCCUACUGCGCAUGCGCGAAUUCACGCAGGAUGACGGUCAUAUUUUGUGCCGCAUGUCUCAAGCGGCUGCUGAAGUAGAUACUUUUCUCACUGCAUGUCAACGAUUGUACAAAGGAACUGGGUUCCGGUGGCGUGAUGUGGCCUUUCGUCUCUCCACGAGGCCAGAAAGCAGUCAAGGCUCAGAUCAGGAGUGGGCCCACGCAGAGGGAUUGCUGCGCUCUGGCUUAGAAAGGUUGAAGCUCUCAUUUACGAUGGCAAGCGGGGAGGGCGCCUUUUACGGCCCGAAGAUAGAUAUUCUCCUUCCAGACGUUGAUGGCCGCUUGUGGCAAACUGGAACACUUCAGGUCGACAUGUUCUCCCCUCGCGCCUUUGGCCUCGAACCAGCCCCACGCAGUGAUGACCCUUUGUGCCUUCUUCAUCGCGCGAUGUGCGGCUCUCUUGAGCGUUUUCUUGGUCUUGUUUUAGAAUAUACUAAUGGGCAUUUGAGCCCGUGGCUGGCAGCCACACAGGUGGCAGUGCUCAGUGUUGGACGGGUGCAAACAGAGGAGGUAGAGGCGUUGGGUAGGCGGCUGCGGAAGGCUGGUAUUCGCGUGUCAAUAGACACACGCCCGGUGCACAUUUCGAGAAAGCUAAAGUUACAGCUAAAAUAUCGUACUCCAGAGGUGUGGCUAUUGGGGGCGACAGACCAAGAAAAGAGCACCGUCACCGUUAGGAGGUCUAAUGGUCAGCAUGUCGCCCUGCCUGUCGCAAGGGCACUUGCAGGGGCAAAAAGGAGGGCGAAAAUGCCGUUUUAG